AUGGUGUCAUUCAGUUGUGAUUCAUGCUCAGAUAUUAUUAAAAAGCCCAAGUUGGUUCAACAUACAGCUCGUUGCCCUAGCGCACAAUUUACCUGCAUUGAUUGUUCUACUACCUUCGCUGGUAAAAGUUAUUUAAAGCAUAUUAAGUGUAUUUCUGAAGCUGAGAAAUAUCAAAAAAGUUUAUAUAAGGGCAAUAAAAAGGGUACACAAGAUGAACUUCAUAAAACUAAACAACUGAAUUCAGAUAAUAAGUCUCGAGAAGUUUCCGAUGAACGAAACGAUAAUAAUAAGAACGACUCCUUGGAAACCAAAGGUGUGUUGAUCAUUGAUUCUGAUCACAAAAAAGUUAAAACAGCGGAUACAGCUGCAAAGCAGGAAAACGACAAUAAAAAUGAAGAUGGUCCUAGUAUUAGCCCAAAAAAGAAGAAGAAGAGGUCUUCCAUUAAUAUUAGCAUUAGUGAUUUCAAAGUCAAGGAUAAUGUUACAGGCUUAGAUGAAGUAAAUGAAGCGCAAAUAGUCCAAAUUGAAAAGGAAAUUGAAACACCAAAGAUAGAUAGUAAUUUCAAAAUCGAGAAUAAGAAGGAUGGUGAUGGUGAUGCCACGAUGGCAGGUAUAUCGAAGAAAGAAUGCAAUCUUGAUAAAACCGGCAAUAAGAAAAAGAAGAGCAGAUCUUCCGGUAAUAUUAAUAGUAACGAUAUCAAAGGCGAGGAAAGUAAAAAGGAUAAUGAUGUUGAUGCUAUGAUGAAAGGUUCAAACGAUGUAAAUGAAGUACAAUCAGCCCAAACCGAGAAGGUAAUUAAAACACCAAAGAAAGAAAUUAAUGAAGUGCAAUCAAUCCAAACUGAAAAGAUUAUUGAAACACCAAAGAAAGAAAGCAAUACAGAGAAACUUGAUAAAAGCAACAAUAAGAAAAAGAAGAAGGGAAGGAACAGUUUGACGCACAACAAUUCAACUGAUAAUGUGCAAGAUGGCGAAACUAAAAGGGUUUCUAUGAUUCAAGCUGUAUCAUCUAUUGAAGUAUUGAAGAAAGAAAUUUCUGAUAAAAAAGACAGGAAACGAAAAUCUAUUGAUCCUGUGUUACCCGAAAAAAGUGAACUUGAGACUCCGACAAAUAAAAAGCAAAAAACCAAGGAUAAGAAAAAUGCAAAGUUUGUUCAUGAGAAAGAUAGCACUCAUGAUCUAGUCAGCAUUCCUGCCGCUAUUAAGAAGAUCUUCAAAAGCGACGAGCAUGAUGAGUUAAAUCUUAAGCGUCUUGAAGAAAUGGUGGUUCGUGAACUGAUUCCCAAUUCAAAUUUAUCUGAAAAUGAACUAAGGGAAAGUUUUCUAGAGAAUAUCGUGCUAACUAUGAAGGAUGGGAACAUUAUUUUAAAGUGA